GCCUCAUGGAUGACUUUGCAAACAAAAUAAACCCCAAAGAAGCUUUGAAGAAGGGAAAGCGAAAAAAGUUUAUCUUAACAAUAUUGUUCGGAAAGAUAGAAUAUUAG